AUGAACCCAACGGAUGGAUGUAAAUGUUUUUUCAAUAAAUGUAGCCACAACAUUAAUUUAAAGCUUAGUGAUUCUAAAGAAGUUAUUUAUGGCAGUAGCGAAAUAUUUCUUGAAAGUGAAACAGAAUUCCCUAAAAAGAUUUUUCUUCAAACUCCCUCUUUAUUUUAUUGUGAUAUUAUAUCUGUCGAAAUUAAUGGAAAUAAUUUUGAAGGAUGGUCAAUUAGUCCAGUACCAACCCUUGAAGAUUCAAACAAAAUAGUCGGACACAAUGUUUUUGAUAUAGCGACUCUCCAAAUGGCAUAUGGAUUCAUUUCUUCAAAUUAUGGUGAAAUUAGUUCCGAUCAGUCUAAUAUUAUAGAAAAUCGAUUAUUGAUUUCUAUUUCUGACAAGAAAAAUCUUAAUGAUUCAGAUAUUAUUAAUGGAAAUAAAUACAAAUAUUCGAUGGCAAUUAAGGUCAACUUCGAAUUGCUAUUAAAUACCCCAAAAUCACCAAUUACUUAUAUUAUUGAAAAUGACAAUUCAAUUAACAUAUCGAUAAUACCAAAUGGCUAUUCUAAAUUACCUUGGUUUCCAACUCUUUCAUCUGCAUUAUAUCUUACAGAAGAUGCUUCACCAUUUUGGAACUCUUCAUGGAAUUUUAAAUGUACUGUGCCAGAAGAUUAUUCAGCAAUAAUGCCCGGCAUUUUAAAAACAACUUCUUUUAUUAAUGAACCCAAUAUAAUUGGCGAAAACACGUUUGAAUAUAGUUAUGACUCAGGAACAUCAUUUCCUCACCUUUAUCCAAAUAAUGUUUCCCUGUUUAUUGGAAAGUAUAAGAGAGAAGAUAAAACCAUUGGCAAAAACACGAUAUCAAUCUUCAGACCUACAAAUACAUUUCAAACGAUUAAUAUUGCGAACUUUGUUGUAGAAAUUAUGGAAGGAUAUGAAAAAUUGUUAAACAACACUCUUCCCAUGAAGUCCAUAAUAAUUAUUUUUUCAAGUUAUCAUAUUGGAAAUCAGUAUUCACAUUCAUUUAAUCGACAUGGAAGGGUUUCUGAUUCAUUGGGAAAUGUAGAGAUGCUUUCUAAUGCUUCGUCGCCGUUACUUUAUCAAGAGAAUAGUUACUAUUGCCACCUAUGCGAAACAGACAUUGGAAAAACAAUCAGCAAUAUUAUCAUUAUCCCAAUGGAUAUUUUCCUUAUUGAAGGAGUACUACAUAAUAUUUCAAAGCCAAUUGACAACAAAAAGUACAAUUUUCAAGAUCAUUUUAGAAUGCAAAUAAGAAACCUUAGACCCCCUAUAAUAAUAUUAUUGGACCGUUUAGCCAGCCUUUGGUUUGGGUCUUAUAUUCACAUAACUAACUGGAAAAGACUUCCAACGGAUAGUUGGAUGUUGUUGGGAAUGAAAAGAUACUUAAUUCGUCAAAUGGCGAAGAAACUAUGUGGAGAAGAUUUAGUCAAAUGUAGAAUGAAACAAGCAUUAGAAAGGUGUUUGUUGCUUAUAGAAAACGGAAAUGACUAUAUUCCACUAUCUGUAAAAGAUUUUUACAUACAACUACAACAAAAUGGUACACAAAGUUGUCCAAUAAUCCAUUGGGGUCAAAGAGAAAGUCAAACUUUAUUUAGACUAAAAUCAGAUAUUGUAUUUCACAGUUUACAAUGCUACGUUAAUCAGAUGAUAAAAAGCAAAACGCGCAAGGUUGGCUUUGGAUUUUCUGAUUUUGAUGCUUCAAUUAAACAAAACUCACAAUCAAAAAUCUUCAAUAUAUUUAUCCAAUCAUUCAUUAGUAAACACUGUAUUAAGAAAAACCAUAGAAAUUUUACAACCAAUCAUUUUUUUCUACACAUUGCCUCUUGUAUUUCACAACAAUUCAUUCAUAGAUCUAAAAAGGAAAUUGCAGCUGCCCAACUUCCUCAACAUGAGCAAUAUCUACUUAACGAAAUUCAAGACGAACUACUUGCAUUUAGGUCCGCUUGGAUAGAAGGAGUCGGAUGCCCAAACCUCACUAUUACGUCUACAUUUCAAUUUUCUAAUAAAAAUACAUCUCUUGAUCAUGCGUUAUUCACGGUAGACCAAACACCCCUACAACCCCCCCACUUAACAUCUAAAGAAGGGAUUUCUUCAUUCAUACCAUUAGUAUCGAUAUUUAGGGUUAAGAAAAAUGCUACCCCUAAGAGUAAUAUUGAGAGGUUAAUUUUUGGCUGCCUUUCAUUUAUUGACGGUAUUUACAACACUAAUUCUAGAAGACAAUUUUCUAAUUCUAUUACAAAAUUGCUUCCUUCCUUUCUUUGGCCUCAUGACCCAAAUAAUAUAAUAUUGAAAGAGUCAAAUAUUACAAUUCUUGGACUAGGAAGUACAGGAAGAAUUCCUAUACCCAUAAAGUUUGGCUUUGGUCCAUUGUUUGAUUCAGUAUUUCAAGAUGAAUUACUAGAAAGUACAAAGGGGUGUGCUAAUAAUCAAAAUAACAAAGUUAGUUUUGAGAGAUUCAUUCUUGACAAUAAUUUGAAUAAACCCACUCAACCUGAUAUAUAUAAUAAAAAAAAGAAUUAUUCAAAUUCGUCAAAUGGGAGCAUAUCUUCAUGGCAAUUCGGAUAUAUGAAUAUCCUCUGCCAAAUUCUUCUCAAAUACCAUGAAAGUCCACUAACACGAAUAAAUAAUAUUGAGUGUUUGUGCACUGAAUUAGCUUCGCAUAUACCCAUUUCAGGCGGAACUGGCAAGUUUUGGCCAGGCCACACUUUGAUUUAUAUUGUUCAAAACGAAGAAAAUAAAAACUGUGAACUAGAAACUAUAGAGCCGCAACUACCUGUUUCUCAAGAAAUAAAAUUUGAGAUUCAAAAAAUUAAAUCAGGUUAUAAACGCGAUACUGUACCUACAUCAAGCACCUCUAUUACAUCUUCUGUUUGUGUUCAGGGUAUUACGAACAAUCAAAAUUCAAUUACACAUACGAACAUUAAAAUGAAUGAGGUUCCUAGGUUAUCUCUCCUUCAUGACUUACAACAAAGGAAACACUUUGUAGGAAAGUUAUCAAACAGCGACGAUAUUUGGUUGCAGCCACUUAAGUUUUCAAGAAAUUACAAAGAAAUCAUUGUUAAUAAAGAUGAACAAUUCACAUUAAACCACAUGAUUAAUUCUGAAAACUUUAAUGCUCAUUUAUUGUGGAUCAUAGCAGAUUCAUCCCAAUAUUGGCUCGCAAAAAUUUCAAGGUAUCAAACCUGGAGUAUGUGGGAUCAACAGUUUUUGAAUGAAACCGAUGUUAUAGGGCAGUUUGAAGCAGCAUAUCAGCUGGGAAUGGAAAGAUAUAUUUUUGGGGAUAGCUAUACCUAUAACUUAACUAUUUUAGAAAGGGCUUUCCAGUCACUUAAUAUAUUGAUGAGUGCACUCUAUCAUUUUGAUUGGAACAUUUCUGUAAGAAAAAAAGCCUUGAUAUCGAUAAUCAAAAUUCAUAAUAAACUUUCAUCUCAAGAUUUAAUAAAAAGUGAUAUUCAUUCAAUAAAAAUGGCAGUUUUUUCAUUCAUAAAAAAGUUUAUAACUGAACUAAUUUCAAUAAUAGAGCACCAAAACUUUAAAGAGCUAAAUAACUUGACUUUAAAUGUUUUUUUCUUUAAUGAGUUAGAGAUCUUACUAUUUUCAAUUAAGUCUCUACCAUACUUGUGGGAUUCUGAAACGGAUUUAACUAGCCUUGAAGUUCUUUCUUUCCUUACAGAGCUAUUAGAUAAAUACAAAACUCCAUCUAAUGAUAAAUUAAAUUUUGAAAUAUUGUGCAGCAUUUUUGAGGCAAUAGAGAGAAUAGUAUUACCUCUUUCAAAUAGUCAGUAUGCACCCUCGAUUGACAGAAUAACUUCAACAAUUAGCAAACUUGUUGUUGAUAUACCCAAAAAUUACGGUUGUUCUUAUAUGUAUGAAAACAUGAAUAUAUUUGGAAUAUUACUUAGAAUUUUAUCAAAACACCCUAUUAAUAUUCUCACUCCAGUAAGUAAUGAGUUCAAAAACGAUUUUGGUGUUCACUUUGAUCCAUUAUGGUUCAUUGAUCUUCCAUUUAUGUAUAGAAAUGUUUGGUGGGAUGAUUAUUCAUCAAUACACGGUUCUAUUCCAAAGCCUUUGUAUGAAUUUAAUGAUUCAAUCAUUCAACUUAAUGCAUUAAAAUGCUAUUUUAGUUUGUCGCUUCAAGGAUUUACAGAGAUUAUGAUCGUUUUUAUUGAGGAAGAUUCAAAAAAUAAUAUUAAAUUCAAAUCUAUUUGCCCUGAAAUGAUUUAUAAUAUGAUUUUUGAUUCAUUUUUUGAAUGCAAUAAACAAAUAUAUUCUCAAAAUAUGACUUCAAUUUCUGGUAGUAAAAGAUCUGAAGCUUUGAAAACUAUUGGAAUAUUCAAUAUUUGGAAUUUUACAAAUAAAUCAGAAAACACCAUUUCUGCUCAUACCUUUCCUAAGAAUUUAUUAAAAACUUUGUGUGUGUGUACCUUAAUCCAUAUAAUAUUAUAUAAUGGGAUUCAAGAAAGUUUAAAAUUGAAAAAGGGCAACUCAGACUAUUGGAAUACAAUUAAUAAUUUGUGGAAUAUUUUCAUUUGUGCAUUUGAUGACAUUGUCCGAGAUCUUCCCCAUCUUCUUGAUGAAUUUAUUUUAAUACAAGCCCACGCAGAAUUUGAACCACUUAUUAAUUCUUUAACUAAUAAUAAAUCCAAGGAUAGAAAAAUAUUGGAUGAUAUAAAACAAUGUUGUGCAUUCAUUUCUCAAAUUAUAUUAAAUAGUCCAAUCUCAUUGUCCUCCUAUCCAUUUGAUCCACUUAUAUUUCAAAAUAUCUCAAAUAUUUACGUAUCUCUAUUUGGGCAUGGAGUCCCAGUCUGCAUGAAUCAACCUCCAUUUAUAUCUGAAAAUAAUAAUCAAAAUAGGCUAAUAUUUGAUCAUUCAAACGGAUAUAUUCUGUCAGGAAUGCCAGAAGCACCCAUGAAAGAUUCCUUGCGUAAAAGACAGAAAUUCAUUAGGAGAGGAUGUGACUUAUCAGAUUCCAUUCAAAUUAGAAGAUUGUGCGAUGAUGAAACCUACAUUAUUUCUAGAGGAUGGAAACACAUGUGUAAAAAAAUAACGCAAUGUCUAAUUGAGUCUCCAUAUGGAGCACCUUUUAUUCACCCAGUAGAUGAAAAUGACGCUCCUGACUAUUAUAAUCUUAUUGAGCAACCAAUUGACCUAUCAACAAUAAUGAAUAAAAUAAAGCAGGAUUCAUAUGAAUCUAUUGAACAAUAUCGUUCUGAUAUUGACCUCAUUUUUAUAAACUGUAAAAAAUACAACGAAUCUACUUCAAUGAUAGUCGAGUGGUGCAACAAAAUUCAGUCUGAAUUUGACCAAUUAUUUAAACCUGUUUGUAAGCUUUUUGCAUAA